AAUUCACUUCAACAAACUUCUUCCAUCUUUCUAUUCUCUUUCUAGUGAAAAGCAUGUCCAUCAAAUGAGCUAAUUGGACAAGAAAGGAAGAUGAAGCUCUUUGCAUUGUGUUCAUCCAAGUAUCCGAAAACUCCGACAAAGGCUGUGACAUUGCCAUGGUUCUGUGGCCUGGAUUUGGGCAUCCCUCUUGCCAUUCUCCUGAUUGCUCGUAGGGUUGUGGACCUUGAUGAUCGCACAAGCACCUUUGGCAGCGUGGCUGCACUGUUGAAUGUUGCAUCAUUCUACUGGCCCAUUGUCGAGUUGAAAACUAUGAUAGUUAAUCCUGUGUUGGACUUGGAUAAUAUAUUGCUUUGGAACGGAUUCAUCUGUUGUUUUAAUGGAGGGGCAUGGGCUUUGUAUGGUUGGUAUGUGGAGGACCUCUAUAUUUUGGUACCAAACUGCUUGGGAAUGAUACUAGGCUGUUUUGAAGUGCUCACUUUCUGCAUUCAGAGGCACAGGCUGCAGCAACCGGCAACAUUAUUGGCUGAGCCCCUUUUGCCUGGUUGGGAAGCUGUCACUGGAGAGGGACCACCAGACUCUUAGAGAGUUAAGAGUCUUGGGAUUUCACAAAACACUUUCAAUUUUCACUCUUCAGUACUCCUCAUAUAUGAGAGUUAAGAGUCUUGGGAUUUCACAAAACACUUUCAAUUUUCACUUUUCAAGUACUCCUGGAUAUAAUUGCUGGAUUGUUUAAUUGUUGGAUGUAAUUACAACUUGACUACCACUU